AUUCAAAUAUCUCGGAGUUAAGAGUUGCUCUAAGAAGCAAAUAGCUAGGAUACAGGGCUAGGAUACAAGACUCAGAAAUGAUAUGUUGAGGGUUUUGUUGGAAGUUAGGACUUUCAAAGCUAUAUGACAUUUGGUCUGUAGGUGGUAUUAAAUCAGUAAGUUCCUCAGAUGAAUUUUACUGCUGUUCUGGAAUCUAGGAGGGAUGGGAAAACAUGAGAUUCAGACUGGGGUGAUUUUUUUGUUUGUUUGUUUUUGUUGUUGUUUUUUAAUUUAAGAAGUCUUGGAAGAAAGCUUCAGGCUAUGAGAAUCCAGCAGGAUGAAACAAAAAAAAAUUUUUUUGCCAUCUCUUGCCAUCUAUUCUUCAACCUCAUCAGGCAUUACAGGAAAAGAUGCAGAGCUGUUGUCUUGGCAAAAGGCGGUAGCACAAAGUAUUGAAUAAAAGGUUAUCAAUAUUUGUUGCACACCUAUAUUUAACACAAUAUUUUUUGGAUAAACUUGUGUUGUGUUUGCAAUUGUUUGCUAUCCAUGAGAGCAGAGUAUUUUGGUGAUUUUUUUUAACAGAAGAUCAAUAGGUUAAACAGUAAAGGCAAUCUGUUGUUUGCAACAAACCGAAGUCUUCAUAAACCCAUCUAUUUUAUUUAUAUAAGUCUCGUGUUGUCUGAUGUGUUGUUCAGUACAUGCACCUUACCAAAGAUCAUUGCUCAAUAUUGGUUCCAAGAUGGGACCACUUCUUUUGCAGCUUGUUUUUUUCAGAUGUACUUAGUGCAUUAUUUUGGUGUGGUCAAUUCAUACACACUAGCUGUAAUGGCCAUAGAUCGAUAUAUAGCAGUCUGCUACCCAUUUCGUUACCAUUCUAUUAUGUCAAAUAGAAAUAUUUUAAUUAUCUCCAUUGUAGUCUGGGUUUUUGCUCAUUCUAGCAUUAUAAUGAUGGUUGUUCAGGCUUCUCCCCUCCCUUACUGUGGAGCCAACACCUUUGUUCAAUGCUAUUGUGAUCAUGUAUCUGUUACCCGACUUGCAUGCACUGACAGGACUCCAUAUAGUUUUCCUGAUUUUGUUUAUGCCAUGGUAGUACUGUUGGGAUCUCUUGCCAUUAUUGUGUUCUCCUACUCCUGUAUUAUUUUAGCUGUCCUACAAAUAUCAAGUGCACACGGGCGGCUAAAGGUUUUUUCCAUAUGUAGUUCUCAACUUAUUAUAAUUGCACUCUUCUUCUUACCCAGGUGUUUUAAUUACUUGGCUGCAAAUAUAGGUAUCACCUUUAAUGCUGAUUUGCAAAUAGCCAUCAUUAUGCUGUAUAGCCUGCUACCGCCAAUGAUCAAUCCUUUACAGUUUAAAAACAGAAGAAGUUAA